GAUAAUAAAGAAAUAAAAGAACAAAAGAAAAAGAAAAACCUUUCCUAGUUAUGAUCACUAUCCCCCUAUUCCCAUACAACAACAUAUCCUUCAAAUUCCCGCAACUUUUCAACCAAUCAAAAAUCCUUUGUUUCAGAUCAUAACUUUGAUGCAAUUCUCACAUAACCCAGAAUUUUCUUUUUCUUUUUUGGUUUUCGGUGCUCAAAAAGAAAGUCGGUCUUUUUUUUUUUGUUUGUUUGUUUGUCACUGUUGAUUUCUUGUUUUGCAAGUUGAUUUUUAUUAUUUCUGCUAAUUUUUAACUUUCUUUUUGUUCCCUUGGGAGAUUCUGGUUGUGAUUAUGAAUAAUAACUGGAGAAGACAAAAAGGUGAAAUUCAUCAUCAUCAUCAAGGAAUGCAGGGGACAAGAUCAUAUUCCCGAAAGCCAUCUCUUGCUACGUGGCAGCCGACUGUUCCUUCAUGGGAGAAGAAGUUUUGCACUCUGGUAGGCGCUGUACCGUGGCGGAAACUUCUCGAAACCAAGAGAUUUAUGUAUCUUUAUGACAACAUAGUCCAGUGGAAUGACUCAGCUGGUGAAGAGGCGUUUCAUAAUGCUAAGAACCGAUUUUGGGCUGAGAUUAAUGGCCUUCCUUGUGACAUAAGACUCCCUGAUCCUGAUAGUUAUAUCGAUAAAAUCGAUUGGGACUCUGAAAUUGAUCCUGAACUGCUUCUGGACUUGGAGAGAGAGCCCAAGGUCCCCGACAAGAAGGAUGAAAGCGAGAAUGUUGUAAUUCUCGGUAAUUCCCUUCUUUUGAAUCAAUCAUUCGUCUGUGGUGGUUGGGGGGAUGCUGAAGACAGUGUAGCGAAGGAGAAUAACUUGUCUUCGAAUUGGAAAAACAAAGGCUAUGAAAAUUCUUGGGAGCACAACAAUGGCAACACAAAAGAUACCGGAUACGGGAACUGUUGGAACAACUCUUGGGAAUGGAACCAAAGGGAGAACAACUAUAACGAUUGGGACAAUAACGAAUCGAGCUACGUGGAUUAUAGAAGAACCGGAGAUUGGGGAACAUGGGAUGCUCCUAGAAAGAAAAAAGAAGGUGCUGAUCAGUACAUGUCGAGGUAUAAAACAACAAGGUAUCAUGGUGAUAACUGUCAGAACAAUCGGGGAUGGAGAAACGUGAGGGGUAGACAGAGGUCAAAUUUUGCAUAUGAACGACCACCUGUGGAUUCAAGACAGUUGAAUUCCGUGAAUUAUUGCGGUUGGGCCAAUUAACCAUAUGAUGAAUUUGGGAGAGGCAAGUUUUGUAAGUACAAAGUUAUUAGCAUAUAUAUAGAGAGUAGUAUAUAAUGCUUUGUAGAUUGUGGGGCUCAAUAUUAUUUUAUUUGUUCUGUGUUGGAGUGGAUAGCACAAAAAAAUUAGGAUCACAGCAGCUUGGCAAAAUGCCCUAUUGUGUUCUGUUUAUGUCUACAGUUUUGUAGUUUGGUUUUUUAUAAGGUUUCUGUCGUAAGUUUUGAAUGUUUUAUUUCUAGUCUUUUUGAGAGUGAUUGUUGCUUGAUGUGUUUGUUGAUCAUUCAAACUUAUUGAUUCAUAUAUAUAUCAUCGGCAUUUUCGAGUA